AUGGCCAACCAUAAGGGACCAAAAUCAAAUGCCAACCGCCGCAACAGAGCCACCCGCCGUGCUGAUCGUGUUGCUGAUAUCCCUGCACACGAUAUGGUACAAUAUGCGCCUAGCAAUGCAGCUCUCUCUAUUGAUCUCGAUUUUCUUACAACCAGAUUGCCUGGAGAACAGCUGGACGAAUUUGAUUCUUUGCUCGAAAUCAUCCCAAGAUAUGGCAAUGAUACAAACAUCAUCCAUUUGAAGAUGACGUUCAAGGCUCCUGAAGAAGAUAUUGAGUGUAUCGACAGACGUGAUAUUCUGGCUCAAGUUGUUGAACAGAUCAACAAUCUCCCUCACAUCAAGGAGAUCUCUUUCGUUAUUGCGGUUGAUCGAUUCAACUGGAAGCAAAUUGACACCGCAUCUUCUAUCUAUCGCCUCAAGCUCAUCGACUGGGCUUUUGAAUUGAAAAUCAAAGAUAGAGAGGCCCAAAAGAUCCUUGCAGGUUCCCAAGUUGAUCGCGAGCUACGAGUUGUAGAGAGAAAGCUACAACAUUAUGCGAUGUAG